UGAUGCUGGCAGACCUCCCCUUUAAGGCCACCUCCCUUUAAUGCCCGCCGACCUGUGUGGAAGCUGUGAGAAAAUCUCACCCAAACCAAAGCAGAUCAAAUCUCAUAACUUUUACCAGCUUUAUCGCGGCUCGCUCUACGGCUUUAACUGGCGCUGUUUGGUGGCCCGUGCUGCGCUGUGUCUGACUCGCAUUCCUGGUGCUGCUGGGAAGGGCCUCUGGAAGCCCAUCCUGGAGAGCAGAGCAGUAAGACGUGGCCCCCGCCUUAUACCUGGCCCCCUGGUGGCACUUGGAGGAAUGCUCUUGGCAGGGAGGGAGGAGUACCAGAUGCAGGCCGUUCCCAUGACCCAGUACGACUUCUGAGCGGCAGAAGGCCUCUCGUGUGGGACUUGGGGGAAAGAAGCGAUGGCCAUGGAUGACUUCACGACCCGGACGUAUGGCACCAGUGGGCUGGACAACAGGCCUCUGUUCGGGGAGACCUCAGCAAGGGAUCGAAUAAUCAAUUUAGUCAUCGGCGGACUCACCUCUUUGCUCGUCAUAGUAACAAUUAUUAGUUCCUUCGUUUUUCCCGUUCCUCCGAAACCUCUGAAUAUCUUCUUUGCCAUCUGUAUCAUCAUGAUCUGUGCUUCAGUCUUGGUGCUCAUUUUCUGGUACCGCCAAGGAGACCUGGAACCUAAAUUCCGAAAUCUAAUCUAUUACGUUCUGGUGUCCAUCGUCACGUUGUGCAUCUGUGCAAACCUGUACUUCCACAAUGUAGGGAAGUGAAUGCCUUAUUAAACUGCGACAUCAACAUCAACAAGAGGGUUUUAUCCACUGGGGGCCACUCUACCUUUAAUCAAGCAUAAAGAAUGCCAGCAUGUCUAUUGGAUACAAGAUUCACACAUGGCCUGUUAAUCAGUGAUGGUGUUUGGAGAUGUGGUUCAUGGGGGGGUGUGGUCACAGCGCCCCAGGAGGUGUGUAUCACAAUCAGCCCAGCCUAUCAGGAUGUCUGGUUGUCAUCCCUCCACUCAAACUGAUCAGUCAGUUUCAUCCUUGCAUGAAAUGUGAACCAACGUUGGUCAGCAGGUCUUGGAAAUGCCACCUCAAUCACACAGUCACCGUGGCUCAGCUGUGAUGAUCUCAGUGUCACCUCUCAUGGCAGAAGCUGUAUGAAUCUGGCUUUCCAUCUUCCUGGUUUAGUUUAGUUUUUAUUGUAGCACUUGUAUGAUUAUACAGAGGACGUUUCAGUUCUUUUUUUUCUGUACUGCAUAUUUCUCAGAAUCAUUGCACUUUGAGCUUAAGCAUUUCCAGCUGGAAGCACCAGGGAGACCAAAAUGUAUCAUUUUUAAUUUAAGAUUUUACAUAAUAAACAAUCUCAUUUCUGCUUU